UUCUACCCACUGCGAUCGGGAACCGGCAUUCUAUCCGAGAAGCCUCGCGACCACAGCCCCUUGAGGCCAGAGGCGGAAUUAAUCGGCAGGAGGGCGGGUGAGCGAGAGAGAGAGCGGCGGCUGUGGUCAUGGCGGCGGCAGCAGCUUCGGGUUCGCUGUGGUGCUGCUUGCGGUGGGCCUGCUGCGGAGAAGGCGGCCCCGGCCACAUCCCCCUCAAGGAGAUGCCGGCCGUGCAGCUGGAUACGCAGCGGAUGGGGACUGAUGUUGUCAUUGUCAAAAAUGGACGGAGAGUGUGUGGUACAGGAGGCUGCCUAGCCAACGCCCCUUUGCAUCAGAACAAGAGCUAUUUUGAGUUUAAAAUCCAGUCUACAGGAAUCUGGGGUAUUGGAGUUGCAACUCAGAAAGUUAACUUGAAUCAAAUUCCUCUUGGGCGUGAUAUGAAUAGUCUAGUACUGAGAAAUGAUGGGGCUCUUUACUACAAUAAUGAUGAAAAGAACAGGUUGCCAGCAAACAGUCUUCCACAGGAAGGUGAUGUUGUGGGAAUUACAUAUGACCAUGUAGAACUAAAUGUUUAUUUAAAUGGGAAAAAUAUGCACUGUCCAGCUUCGGGAAUCAGGGGAACUGUCUUCCCUGUAGUAUAUGUUGAUGACAGUGCCAUUUUGGAUUGUCAGUUCAGUGAAUUUUAUCAUACGCCGCCAACAGGUUUUGAAAAGAUACUCUUUGAACAACAGAUUUUCUGAAUGUCCCCUCUGGAAACUUGCCCCCAGCACAUGUUACAAAAACUGUUCUCACAAAGCUUCACAUUAUUCCCAGAAUACACACCUGUAUUUAGGAAAGUACUUAACUGUUUGGAAAGAGAGUACAUUGCCAGAGAAGUAUGUUGCAAGUGCUAGAUUUUAUUGUUUUGUGAUGUGGACAAUAUCUGUAUUUGCUGUCCAGGGAUAUAGCUGACAAUAUUCAGUGUUCCUUAGGUUCCAAUGACGGUGUACAAUGCAAUUGUUCUUAUACAUAUUGUUAGACAAAAGCUGUAUGUCUUCUGGUUGUCCCAACACUGGUUCUAGUCUUUCUACUCUGUAUACCUACUUAGUCACAGAAUGGCUCCAAGGCUUUAUGGAUUGCAACUGUCCUUUACACAGUAACUCGCAAUGCAAUAUUGGCAGCUCUUUUGUUUUCUAACUGCUGCAAAUUCCUAUUGGGUGUUUAGUUCUGAGGACUCUUCUGUUAAAAUUAAGGUAAGGUGGUGACUGUAAAAAUCCAAGCCAACUCAGGCCAACUUACUAUGAUUGUCUGUAGAACAAUCAGUGAUGGCUAAGUUGUUGGUUGGUAUGAUAAAGCUUUACUUAACUCUUAAUCAGAUCUAGGGGGGGUAUUUUAUUUAAAUGGUCCCCCCCCCAGAAAACACAUAGUAAAAAUGUACAGACUAAUCUUCUAUUUUUGUGAAUGUUUUAGAUUGAUUUUCUGGUGUGUUCAUUAUUGCAUAUGUUUUAUAAAGAUGGCACUACUGUAUCCUGAGGAAACAAACAUGUUCUUAUGUGAAUGACUGCGUUAAGUGGAGUAACAACUUCUUGCCUCUGAGAAAGGCAGCAUACUGAAAUGUAUUACGAAGACUAUAUUGUAAAAUAAAGAAGUUUUUUUACUUCA